CAGAGAUCAGUGCCUGCCCCUCUACAGAAAAUAAAUUUUAUAACAGAGGGUUGAUGUGACAAAAUGGAUGAAAUUAUUCAUUUUAAGCAGAAUAGAUGAUAAUUACACAUUACUUCUCAUAUACAAAAUUCAGGGAAGCUCUUGAGUGGCCAUGGAUCCAAAACCAAUGAAAGGGAAGUGUUCCUUCCCUUCAACAGCUCAGCUCACACCAAAGUGCAUUCAGACAUGCCAGCCCAGUCCCUCCUGUUUAUUGCUUUCUUAGGAAUGUCUCAAACAGCCACUAAAUGAACUUCACACCUGGAGGUCCUGGGAGUUCUGGUGCUGAUCCUGCUGGGUUUCUUCUUUGUUUGAUGGUGAAGCAAACAAGGUUCCUAGAAAUGGAUUCUACUGGUACUGUGCCAAAGUUGAUGGCAGAAUUCAUUCCCACAAGGCCCUCAAGACACAUCACCUGCUUCUCAAAUCUGGCAAGGGUUUUCCCUGAAUGCUGGAACUGCAAGACUACCUCAAAUAAAUGGAAAAUCAGCAAUCUCUGUUCUUUGACCUCGCCCUCAGACACCACUCUGGGCUGCUGGAUACACAAAGCUCACCUGCUCUUGAGGCACCAAGCCUUUGUUUGCUGGGAAGAGGAAAUAGAACAGUCACAGCCCACCAAAACCUGAGAGCUGCUGCAGCUCCCGGUGUAAUCAGACACUGCCAGGAUUUGCCUGGAGUUGACAUUCACUAAAGAGAUGUCAAAGCAAAUGAUGUCACUCUGUUACACAGCAAUGGCAAGGUUACCCCGAGGGACAUUCCUGGGCAGGGUUAAAAUAUUCAUAAUUCAGUUUAGGUACUUUGUGAGCUUCUCUUGUGACAGAGCAGAGCAUAAUCCAGUGCUCUGGAUUUUAGAGGCGCCUGUCCCUCCUUACAUCAUUUGACAAAGGCAGUGAUUUGGCAGAGCUGGGAGGGAGUUUGGUUGGCACUGCAGUGAGCAGCCCCGAGUGUCCCCAGCUGGGCCAUCCCCAUUGUCCCGGGGAGGGCCUGGCAGGGGCUAUAUUUGACUGCAGGAUGGGCACUCCAACAUGGGGAACAUUCUUUUGGGGAGAGUCAUUCUCAGUGUCAUCACCAGGGAGAAGGAAACCCUCCUUUGUCCCUUCCCUUGCCUGGGGACAGGGGCUCUCCCUGCAGCCUUCACCGGUCUAUUCCAGCAAGAAAGUUUGGCUUUGACAUCCCACCAUGGGAACCCGAGCCUUCUUCCACCACAGAGAGGAGGAGCAGAAGGAGGAGAGGAAACAGAGCUUGGAAAUGACCUCCACAACCAGGAAAAAAAGGUUCAAAACCAGUGAUGAAGAGGAGACUUUCAGCCUUUCAGACCUAUCGAUAGCAGCUGCCCUUGCCUUGACCUCCAAAACAUCAGAUGCCAGGGACUACAAUCUAAGAAGGGAAGCUGACAUCCUGGAGCUGGAACAGAGGGGGCAGAAGAGGAUUCGUUUUGGGAAUGACAUGGAGAAGAUGGAAGAGGAGGUCAUCCGGACCUGCAGGCUGCUCCGCGUGAGGGCUGACCGGAAGGGGCUGCGCAGGAAGGCUAUGGAAAAGGCCUGCCUGGAGAAGGAAUUCCUGGAGCUGCGCUCGGGGCGGGCGCCCAUGUUCUGGAUCCCGCUGCGGGCACACGCGGUCUGGGAGAGGAUGGACGUGACCCUGGCAUGCACCGUCCUGGGCUCCCCAGUGCCACAGGCCACCUGGUAUAAAAAUGGAAUCCCCAUCGAUCCCCGCCGAGCCCCAGCAGGAAAAUACAAGAUGCAAAACAAAUUUGGGAUGCUGACCCUGCACAUCAGCAGAUGCUCCAUGGAAGAUUCUGCUGAAUACAGUGUGGAAGUAAAGAACCAGUAUGGUGAAGCUUAUUCAUUUGCUACAGUGCUUGUCAGGAAGUAUUAUGGAAAGGAGUCAGGAUUUGAUUCAGAAAUAUAUAAAAGAUCCCUUUUGGCCAGAGAGGCAGAUUUUGCUUUUCCACUGAAACCCUUAUUUGCGAGAGAAAAGGAGCCUUUCACCCUCUCCUGUUACUUCUCCUCUGAUUUACUGGACCACCAACGAGGCAUCACCUGGUUCAGAGAUGGGGAGCUGCUGCAGGACUCUGAACGUCAGGAACUGAGGUACCAGGACCGUGAGGCCUCUCUGACAGUGCCGUGUGCUCACAAAGAGGAUGAGGGGUUCUACACCAUCCGUGUCCCCUCGCUGGAUGGAUACAAGGAGCAGACCACUUAUGUGUUUGUUAGAGAUGCUGCAGCACUAACAGCUGGUGCCCCAGGAUCCCCCCUCAACGUGAAAUGCCACGAUGUGAACAAAGACUGCUUGGUCCUUUCGUGGGUAGCACCCAGUGAUGAUGGAGGAAGCCCAAUCCUGGGAUACCUCAUUGAAAGGUGUGUGGCUGGCUCAGAGGAGUGGGUGCAGUGCAAUGCCCAGCCUGUGAAAAGCUGCAGGUGCCCAGUGCUGGGCCUUGCUGAGGGACAGACGUACCAGUUUCGGGUCAAGGCUGUCAACAAGGCUGGCAUCAGCCACCCUUCAAAGGCCAGUGACCCCGUUACAACCCACGAUGCCAGCAGGGACAAGAGAGUGACAGUGAUUCCAUACGACGAGGGCAGGAUGAUAGAAAUAUCCAAGGAUGACCUGGAAGGACACAUCAAAAUUCCCUUGCCACCCACCAAUGUUCAUGCAAGUGAGGUCAGAGAAGAUUAUGUGGCUUUGGCCUGGGAUGAACCAGAUCCAAGAGGCAGAGAGCCCCUGAAUUAUUAUGUGGAAAAGUCGCUCGUAGGCAGCAACUCCUGGCAAAUGGUGAACCUGGAUAUGCCAGCAAAUUCCCCAAGAUUUGCACUCUUUGAUCUGGUUAAGGGAAAAUCGUUCCUGUUCCGCGUGCGAUCCGUGAACAAGUACGGGAUCAGCGAGCCCUCCCUGCCCAGCCCGCCCGUCACUGCCGGGGCAAAACUGGCUCCUCUGCCUCCACCAUCUCAGGUUUUGGCUUUCAGAGACACCAAGACAUCUGUUGUUCUGCAGUGGGACAAGCCAAAGGAUGGCCUGGAGCCCCUUGGCUACUACAUCUACUGCCGGGAGACGGGCACAGAGGAAUGGCAAACAGUCAAUAACAAGCCAGUGACAUGCAAUGAAUUUACUGUUCCUGGGCUGCAGCCUGGAAAAGAAUAUGUGUUUUGUGUGAAAUCUGUCAGCGAGGCAGGACUGAGUGAGAGCUCACCAGAAACAGAUCCCAUCGUUGUCAGGCCGGCAAUCGCCUGUCCCUCGGCCCCACACGGCUUUGUGCUGCUGCACUGUGGCAAGGCUGAGAUGACCAUCGGCUGGAAAGCCCCGAAGCGCAAAGGAGGAACGAAGAUCCUGGGUUAUUUUCUGGACCAGCACGACCACUCUGAGCUGGACUGGCAUGAAGUCAACACUCAGCCAAUUCCUCAGCGAGUUUGCACGGUCAGCAGCCUGCAGGAGGGGCACCUGUACGAGUUCCGUGCCCGUGCCAUGAACAGGGCUGGAGUUGGGGAAGUGUCCGAGCCCAGCGACUUGUUCAGAUGUGAGGAAUGGACAAUGCCAGAGCCAGGCCCUCCUUACGACGUGAGGUGCACUGAAGUGAGGGACUCCUCCCUGCGGCUGCACUGGGAAGCUCCGCUGUACCUGGGAGCAGGGCCUGUCACAGGGUAUUUCAUAGACCUGUGUGAAGAAGGCUCAGAGGAGUGGAAACAAAUAAACAAGCAGCCCAUAGCCACCACCCACAUGAAGGUUUCAGACCUGGAGACAGGGAAAUGCUACAUUUUCCGAGUAAGAGCACUGAACAAGGCUGGAGUUGGACCCCCUUCACUCCCCUCAGAUCCUGUGGUGGCUAAAACCAAACCUGGCACAAAUGAAAUUGAGCUCGGGGUGGAUGAAGAGGGUUUCAUUUAUAUGGCUUUUGAAGCUCCUGAAAAGAAUGAUUCUUCUGAAUUUAUCUGGUCAAAGGACUAUGAGGGACCUCCAGAUGCUGACAGAGUCGAGAUUGAAGAGAAAGGCAAUAGAUCAAAACUUAUACUGAAAGAGCCCUCAGAAAAGGACCUGGGUGUGUAUUCAGUGGAGGUCACGGAUGUAGAUGAUGAUAUCUCUGCCAGCUGCACUUUAACAAAAGAAGAUCUGGACAAAUUAUUGAAACGUAGCCACGAAAUCAGGAACCCACUGAUCAAGCUGAUAUCUGGCUGGAACAUUGAUGUUCUGGAGAAAGGAGAAGUGAGGCUGUGGCUGGAGGUGGAGAAGCUGUCCCCGAACGCUGAGCUGCACCUGAUCUUCAACGACAAGGAGCUCACCAGUACCCCAACACACAAAAUCAACUUUGUCAAAGAGAAAGGCCUUGUGGAACUGAUAAUCCAGGAUUUCUGUGCUGAUGACAAAGGGGUGUACACAGCCCAGCUCAAAGAUGGGAAAGCCAAAAAUCAAUUCACCCUCGUUCUCGUGGAUGAAGCUUUUGCUAAAGUAGCAGAAGAAGCUGAAGCAAAACGGAGACAAUGGAAGAAAAAGCAGGGUCCACAUUUCAUAGAGAACUUGAAAUGGAAAGUUUUGGAGAGCUGUGAAGUGCUCCUCACCUGCAAGGCAACAAACCUGAGGAAGGACACCAACUUCCAGUGGUUCUUCAAUCACAAGGCACGAGCUGGUGGAGGGUUUGAUCCACAGACUGGGAUGGGAACUCUGCAGAUCACAAAGGUAACCAAAGCAGAUGAGGGCCUGUACAAAGCAGUUGUUUCAGAUAACCGAGGAGAGGACUCCACCCAGCUGGACCUCACAAAAGGAGCCUUUGAAGAGCUUCUGAAGGAGCUGUGCAGGAUCAGUGCUCUUUCUGCUACACCUCUGAAAAUCCAGCCUACUGAGGAAGGCAUCAAAAUCUACACAGAGGUCAAGUACUACACAGACUACAUGAAAACGACCUGGUAUCACAAGGAGAAACAACUGGAAAGCCGUGACAGGAUGAGAACUGGGAGCACCAUGAAUCAGAUCUGGCUCCACAUCCUGGACCCCACAGAGGCCGAUAAGGGGAAAUACACCCUGGAGUUAUUCGAUGGGAACAGCUCCCACAAGCUGUCAACAGACCUGUCUGGGCAAGUCUUUGAAGACGCCCUGGCUGAGCACAAGAGGCUAAAGGAAGCAGCAAUAGCAGAAAAGCGUCGUGCCAGGGUCGUUCAAGGUCUGCCAGAUGUUGCCACCAUCAUGGAGGACAAGACCCUGUGCUUAACUUGUUGCGUGUCUGGAGAUCCCUACCCAGAGAUCUCCUGGUUCAAAAAUGAGAAGGUCAUCGUGUUUAAGGACAGAUACAAGAUGGAUGUGAAGGGGUCAAUGGUCACAAUCACCAUAGAAAAAGUCUGCAAUGAAGACACAGGAAAAUACAGCAUCUAUGUCAAGAAUAAAUACGGGUCUGAAACAGGGCAGGUCACUAUCAGUGUCUAUAAACACGGGGAGAUCCCAGUAGGAACAGAGCAGGAAGUCCCACCUGGGAUUACCACAAAAAAGCCUAAAUGAAUUAGUUAAUUUAUGUCUCCCUGACUCUGAAAGGAAUUUAACUCCUUCAGGUGCCUUUCAUUGUCUCUGCCCUAAGAUUCAGGCUUGUGUCUCUGCGUUUAUUUUAGUAAUAUUUCAGUAUUUUGGCAGUUGUUAGAGAACAAUUCUCGUGUGCGUGUGUGUGUGUGUGUGUGCUCAUGUGUGUACACUGCAUGUUCACCUUCCAGAGAGACCCUGCCCUGGUAAAUCUGUGGGGGAAAUACCAGAGGAUUCACACAUGAGGCUUUCACUGGAGGUUUUUUGUAUUAAAUCACUGCAUGUAACAGA